CCACUUGCAAAGCCGCUGAAAGAACCUGCACGGCAAGUAUUUUUCCGGCAAGAUUAUAGUCACGUGGUUCUUGGCGCAAAGUUCAGACGCGAUUUCUUUGGUCACAGUCAGCUUGCAAGUGAUUCUACUAGCUCGUCGUCUGAAGAUGGAUAGCUCCGAGAAUGCAGAUUUUGAACUUAAAGAAGCAUGUGGGUUAUUUGGGAUCGUUGCUAGCGGAGAUUGGCCAACAAACCUCGACGUUGCACACAUUGUCUAUUUAGGACUCAUUGCUUUGCAGCAUAGGGGUCAAGAGAGUUGUGGAAUUACAACAAGCGAUGGGGACAUUAAUUAUGUUCGGACUCACAAGCAAUCGGGAUUGGUAAGCCACGCUUUUCGAGAAGAUGAUCUGAAUAAGCUAAGAGGCAAUUUGGGCAUAGGACACACCAGAUACUCCACUCUGGGUGGAACAGAGCAUUUGAAUACACAGCCAUUUGUUGUACAUACAAAGCACGGAGUUCUUGCAGUUGCGCACAACGGAGAGCUUGUCAAUGCAUCCGAAUUACGUAGAGAAAUUAUCGACAAGGGCGUUGGAUUAUCAACUGAAUCUGACAGCGAGCUCAUGGUUCAGAUAUUGUGUAUGCCUCCGCCUUUACCAAAUAACGAGAAACAGGGGCCGGAUUGGCCCGCGAGAAUUAAAAAUCUCAUGAGGCGCACAAAAACGGCCUACUCAUUACUUAUAAUGAAUGGGGAUACGAUAUAUGCAGUACGUGAUCCAUACGGUAACAGGCCUUUAUGUAUCGGAAAACUGGUUCCUCCCAGAGGAUCACUUGGUAAGUAAAGGCAUAAAUAAGUA